AUGGAUGAAUGGAUCCUUGGAGAGAAAUUCAACAUAGUCUAUCCACAUCAUGGAUCUAUACAGUCUUUAUGGGAGAAGAAGUUUCGUCGGACUCUUAAGUGCGAGAAAUCGAUUUAUCCUUUUCAUGACGGCGCCUAUGAGGACUUUUUACCAAUCUUCGAUUCGUUAAUACAGCGUGGUGUUAAGGACUGCUAUAGCGAGAGCUACACCGAGGCUUUCCUCUCAACCGCUGAGAAUCUGUCCUCUGAGGCGGAACUGGCUGAGGAGAGAGGUGACAGCGAAACUGCCGUUCGUCUUGGUCUCAGAAGUGCCUGCGUCUUUCGUAUUUGCCGUUUCCCUCACCUGGGACCGCAAGAUGGUGGGCUCAAGAGAUACGCGUUUGAGCGACAAAAAGAGAUAUACCUACGAACAGGUGCACUUAUGAAAUGCCCUAUUGACGCGAAAUUCGUUCCAUUUUCGCAUAGACUGGAUCAUGAAGGGUUGGAAAUCCCCGUCCUCCAACGACUGCCCCUCGGGCGUGGCAAUAAACCGCACCCUGUUAUCCUGAUCAUGACAGGCCUCGAUGGAUACCGCACGGAUAACACUGCUCUCACUGAUCGCUUGAUGCAAAAAGGCUGGGCCGUCGUACUCUGCGAAAUCCCGGGAACAGCUGACUGCCCCGCUGAUCCCAAGGACGCUUCAUCACCUGAUCGUUUGUGGUCUUCUGUCAUUGAAUGGAUUAAAGAACAGGCUUGUUUCGACCCAGACAGGAUAGUUGCGUGGGGGCUCAGCGCUGGGGGGUUCUAUGCUGCUCGAAUUGCGUUUACUCACGCGGGGCAGCUUCUCGGGGCUGUUGCUCAGGGAGCUGGCACCCAUUACUUUCUGAGCCCGGAAUGGCUCUCUCGUGCUGAUGGACAUGAAUAUCCAUGCGGCGUCACUGAAGCUCUUGCAUUGAAGUAUGGCUUUGAUAGCGUCGAAGAAUUGGUAAGCCAGGGCCAGAAAAAGUUCUCAGUUGUUCUCUCCGGCAUUUCAAAGUUGCCUUCUUGUCGGCUUCUCUUGAUAAAUGGCGAGGAUGAUGGGCUUUGCCCAAUCGAAGAUUCAAUGGAACUGGCAGAUCAAGCAUCUGGAAGAGAGUUGAUAAUUGUCAAGAACCGUAUGCACAUGGGAAACCCGGAUGCUCAGCCGCAGGUCAUCAAGUGGCUAACAGAAUUGCUGGACUAG